AUUGUCAUCUUUGUUCACACUGUUUAGCAUUUUGUGAGCAGGGAGCCUUGAAUUUGUUUAAGUACUCUAACACCUUUAUUUCUGCCACCUUGAGGGUUAGCACUCGGAUUGUAUAGGAAGUGAGUUUCUGUCAAUUCUCUAGGUACUAAGUCUGUAGAUAUGUUAAGGUACUAAUUCCAAGAGACUAAAGACUCGAGUGCGAUCACAUUUCUUUUCGCUUCGUGUGUGCCGUCUCUGGAACGCUUUACCGGAGAUUUUUAAGCGGAAGCUAGACAAUCAUGCAGAAAUGCAAGAUAGCUCCAAGUUUAAUUUAUGUCUUAUGUUGAUGAAACGGAUAAGGUGGUUACGCACGAGCCUAGUCAAAUGAUACACAGCAUCUUUAGCCUUCUUUAUAUUUUCGGUGGAGUGGUUCCAUACAUCCCACAGUUAAUAGAAAUUCGCAAAUCACAGUCAGUUAAAGGCUUUUCUACGCAUGUUUGUCUUGUUCUCUUAUUGUCCAACAUUUUAAGAAUAUGCUUUUGGUUCGUACAACCUUUCUCCUCAUCAUUACUUUCGCAAAGUUUCGUCAUGAUUAUUGCAAUGCUUGUCCUGAUGAAGACAAUCACUAAAAUAUCUCGUAUGAAGCGUUCCACUUCAAUACCUUCUAUCAUCUCUACGAAAAAAUUAGAAACAGAAGACCAGAGUAUUAAAAGAUUUAAAAGAAUUUGGUUUGAAAACUUUUGGAAAUGGACACAUUUUCGUCAUUAUCUUUUAUUCCUAUGGCUAUUCACGCUUACCACUGGCCUAUGCACGUAUAUAUUCUCAUUCAGUCAAGUCUACAUCCAGUUAUUAGGCUUUAGCGCCUUGUUUAUUGAAGCUAUGCUGGGUGCACCACAAUUUUUAGAGAAUUAUAAAAAUAAAUCAGUUGUUGGAAUGAGUAUUGCUAUGGUUCUAAUGUGGACAUCAGGCGAUAUCUUCAAGACUAUAUUCUUCAUAUCAGAGAAAGCCCCAUUACAAUUUCCAAUCUGUGGUCUCCUGCAAAUUGGACUAGAUUUAGCCAUACUAUUACAGUGUUUAUAUUAUAAAGGUGAAAGAUUUAUGUGAGGAUAACGAUUAAUGGCUGGAAUCGAUGUUGGCUACAGCCUACCAAAUAGAUUUAUCGUUCGUUACACAAGACAUACUGGGAUUCAGUGUAUAGCGGGGCUGGGAUGGUGUUUGGGUGGCGAGGGAUGUCUUCCUCUUUUCUUUUUCUUUUUGCACGCACAAUUAUGAACCAAUCGAUCAGUCAAUCAAAAAUCUCAUUUUUUUUAUACUUAUGUGUGUUAUGUCAACACUAUAUAUGCAUGAAUUUACUGUUUUUUUCUUUUUGCCCCAUGUGCAAUUUAUGCUUUUGCCAAACUUUCUAGUAAUAUAUAUAUAUAUAUUGUUUCGGGGGUGGGGGGUGGGUAGAAGUACAACUCUUAUUUUCAAAAGUGAUACUACACAUCUUAGAUUUUUACAAAAAGAGGACAUUUCACUCCUCAAAUUAUAUUUUCUAGAAAGAGUACUCUUAAAAUCAGGCUUUUUAUAUACUAUUUUUGAGAAAAAGUCAUAUUAUGAUAGUAUAUAUUCAGAAAUAUGUUGUUGACGUUUGUUGUUAGUAGUCUAUGAAAAUGUGAAAGAUUAAUUUUAAUAUGUAUGUGUAAAACAGUACUUGUGCUACAGAAUGGAAUUUUCAGCCAUUAAUCACAAUUUUAUUCCAUCUAAUUUCCUCAAAUUAUAAA